CCGCUCCACCCGUAAACCCUUCUUAAUUCUUACAUUUUUCGGCUCUCGUCGCUCCCCUCCUCCGACCUUCGACGGCGUCCUUAAAAAGCUCGAAACGUGCGCGCUGUCCGCAUAGCAUCGCCGCAGGAAGAAGACGGCGGCGGCGACGGCGACGGCGACGGCGGCGACGACGAAGGUCAAGCUCGUCGACCCUCGAUAGCGCCGCUGAAACAGAAAUUGCGUGAUGGGUUCCCUCUCCUAAGAGUUUUUAUGGGGAAAUCCCUCCCCUCAGCAACGAGGUUGCGCCAGCUAGCGGGAGUCGUCCAGCCGCAGUCCGCCGCCAGAACCCUAAAGUCGGCCAGGGCCGCGCCGGGCGGCGAUCGGAGAUCGGGGAGCCGGAGGGCGGCGGCGAUGGAGGUGGAGACCAGCGGCGAGAAGGAGGGCAGCGGGCGCGUGCCCCUGUCGGAGGUGGUGUCCGACUGCGUAAAGCGGUGGUUCAAGGACUCGCUCAAGGAGGCGAAGGCCGGGGAUGUGAAUAUGCAGGUCUUGGUGGGUCAGAUGUAUUACAGCGGCUAUGGAAUUCCCCGGGAUGCUCAGAAGGGAAGAAUUUGGAUAACCAGGGCAUCAAGGGUUCGUUCUUCUGUAUGGAAAGUUGGCGAUAAGCGUCCAGGUUAUAAUGCCAGUGACUCAGAUUCAGAUGAGAUAAAAGACAAUUCCGAGGGGCCGAAGCGCUCAUGACGUUUGUUGGUACUAGGGACUACUUGGGGCCGUGCAUGUAUCUGUGGCAAGUUUUACCUUUUCUUCACUUUUUCCCCUUCAUCUACCAUGUAAUCAGUCUUACUCCAAUUGUUUUAGUCAAGGAAGGUACAUUUAUUUCACUUUAUCUGAUUUCACAUUUGCACGAGGUUGGUUGGAAUACCUUUUUUGGCCUUUUGGCUAAUGAUCAAGUGAGAGGUUGGUUUGGGGGCUUCGUUUUUCUCUUCUUUUUGUUUUUUGCUUACUAUGUGGGGGUAUAUACUCGAUGGAGUAAGAAUCUCAGAGUUACAAUUGAUGAUUAAGCUGCACUGACAAACCGUUGUCAAUACAGAGAAGUGCUUGUGUAUAGUGUAUACCUUUCAUCCAGUGUUACGAUAUUUUUUCGUCUUUA